AUGAUAUAUAUUUCCAGCUCUCCCAUUCCUCUGCUGCCAUCAAUCGCCUUCACUCCUUCUUCUCUCCCCUUACUCCAAUGUCGUCUGAAUCCAACGGCGACGUCAGGCGGCGGAGAUCGCCGUCGUCCGAAGCAGAGUCGGACGCGCCCCCGACCGCGGCAGAGUUCAAGGGCACUCGAGGAUCGCUUAUGAAUUCCAUUAUUGCAAUUGUUCUGUGGCUCGGGUCGGUCCAUCUCAUCGUCUCGAUCGUCCUCGCCUCGUUUUUCUUCCUCCCCUUUCCCAAAUCACUCGGAGGAAUUGUGUUGCUCUUCGUAUUUAUGGUGAUUCCGAUUAAUGAGCGGAGCAGAUGGGGCCGGAAUUUGGCCAGGUAUAUAUGUAAGCAUGCAGUUGGUUAUUUUCCGGUGGCGUUGCAUGUGGAGAACAUCAAAGCCUUUGAUCCCAAUGAAGCAUAUGUUCUUCCUCUAUCUCUUGCAGUUUUUGGUUAUGAACCACAUUCAGUUUGGCCUAUUGGAGUAAUUGCGAUAGCAGAUCUUACUGGUUUCAUGCCUCUUCCGAAGAUCAAGGUUCUUGCAAGUUCUGCUGUGUUCUACACUCCCUUCAUGCGACAUUUAUGGACGUGGUUGGGACUUUCAGCUGCUACAAGGAAAAAUUUUACUGCACUUUUGUCAUCUGGUUAUAGCUGCAUUAUAAUUCCAGGAGGAGUCCAGGAGGCCUGCUAUAUGGAGCAUGGCUCUGAGGUUGCGUUUCUACAAAGCAGAAAAGGAUUUGUACGAAUUGCUAUAGAGACUGGCAAACCUCUGGUGCCUGUUUUCUGCUUUGGACAGACUGAUGUAUACAAGUGGUGGAGACCAGGUGGGAAACUCUUUAGGGAGUUCUCCAGAGCCAUAAAGUUCACACCCAUUGUGUUCUGGGGCGUACUAGGUUCACCUCUACCUUUUAGACAGCCGCUCCAUGUGGUGGUUGGUGAACCAAUUCUGGUGAAGAAAAAUUCUCAACCUACUAAAGAAGAGGUUAUGGAGGUCCAUGCCCGGUUUGUGGAAGCGCUUCAAGAUCUUUUCCAAAGACACAAAGCAAGGGUCGGCCACCCAGACUUGCAGCUUAGGAUUCUAUAACAAGCUUAAUUUAUAUCAACAAUUUAUGUUGUUGUAUAUUAUUCCUAGCUGAUUUAUUAUUUUUAGUCCACUUGCAUCUGCCCUAACAAUCCAUUUUUAGUAAUAAUAAUAUGCUUAGAUCACAUCAUCA